AGCCGAUUCACCAUCAUUGACUGAAGCUGCCAGACGACUUGAUGCUGUUGGACUUGUUUACGACGACAUAAACAAGGAGGGCGUCCAACACAUUUUUUUUGAAAAAAGAACCGUAAAUCGGGAUGAUCUUGAUGAAACGGUGGAAUUUGUAUCGACGUUGGCUGAUAUUCAUGUUCCAUUUGGAGACUAUCUAAAUAGUUUGGGUGAAAAUGGAAAGAAAGACCUACAAAAUGAUACUGAUUCAGACGUAAAUGGUUUUGUUAAUGGUCAAGCUUUCGAUGAUUUAAAUGCAACAAAUACAAUUCAUAUAUCAAGAAAUAUUCAUGCUGCUUCAAACACAUCAGAACGUAGGACUGACCAAUCACUGUUGUCGCCUGAUGUUUAUGAGUAUUCUGACGAUAUUCCAAAUGUUCUUCUUCAUCCCAAUAACAAUCUAGCUGAGGAUGCAUUACACGAACACAGUUUAUGCGUGACACAAAAAAGUCAGAAGUUGAUAGUAUUUGAUAAAUCAAAUAAUCAACAAAAAAGAACAUGUAAUCAACUAUCCUUAUCGUCGGAUGUUUUAAAAAAACUUGCUGAUAAUCAAAAUAUUGUUCUUAGUACAUCGUCACCAGUAAGCUAA